AUGAAUGAUAACAAAGGUUUUUCAAAAGAUGAACAAACACGUAUUUAUAAAAUACUUCUUUUAACAUAUUGUAAUAAAAUAUCUACUUAUCAAAAUGAAAUAAAAAAUAUUUCUCUUAAUAAUAUAAUAUCUUCUUUAUAUGAAGGUUGUGAAAAUGAGCAUAUGUUAAAUGAUCAUGUGAAAUCUCAACAUUAUUUUAUUGACACAUUAGUAAAAUCAAAUGAAAAUCACGAAUUCUUGAAUACUAUUAAUAAUUUAAUACAAGAAGAAGUAAAAAAGAAAAACGAUAAGAAAGAUGAUGCUGCGCAUAAUGUAGCCAAUACAAAUGAAGAUAACAACAAUAAUAAUAAUAAUAAUAAUAAUAAUAUCAAUAUAAAUAAUAGUGGUACUAAUGUAGGACAAGGAAAUAAUAAUAACACAACAAAUGAGAAUAAUCCUAGAAAUCAACGAACUAUUUUUAAUAAUUAUAUUAUGGAACUUAUGGAAAGAUCACAUAUGUUUUUAUUAAUUAAAAUAUUUUUUGUUCUCUUUUUAUUUGAAGUUAAUGUAAAGAUGUAUUUUAUUGUCUCUGGAAUGUUCAUAUUAUAUAAUAGAGGAUUUUUUGAUUUAAUAAUUAAUAAUUUAAAUUUUGUUUCUAGUAAUGAUUCCAUAGAACAAGUAUUAAGAAGAAUGAGCGAAUCAAGGAAUCUGAAUAAUAGUAUAAGUCUAAAUGAAAAUGUAAACGAAUUCGUAGAAGGUAAUAUACAAAAUGUUGAACAAACUAGUAUAUCAAAUGAUAUCACAAGUCAUCAACAAAAUAAUAUUGAUGAUAGUUUUAUAACAGGUGAAGAUAAAAUAACGGAUAGUGGGGAGUAUGUUGAUUUAAAAAAAAUUUCUGAUGAAAUUAAUAAUGAACAUAUUUUAGAUUAUAUAAAUAAUAUAGAUAAUAUAAAUAACAAUAUGAAUUAUUACAAUAAGGAUAUAUGUCUAGAUAACAAAUUAAAUGAUGAUAAAGAUUUAAUGGAUUUUUUAAAUAUUAAAUGUAGUGAUAAGGAAGAUGAUUCCCCUAUGGAUGAAAGUAUAAAUGAACCAAAGGGGGAAGUUGAGCAAACAAACAAGACGAAAAUUUUAAAAAAUAUAGAUAAUGUUGAAUGUAAUAAUAAUGAUGCAUAUAAUAAUAACAAUAAUACGUAUAAUAUUAAUGAUAUUAAUAAUGUUAAUGAUAUUAAUAAUGUUAAUGAUAUUAAUAAUGUUAAUGAUAUUAAUAAUGUUAAUGAUAUUGUUAAAAAACGAUUCCUUCUAUUUAAAAAGAAAAAAACAGAAAAAGUAAAUGAAUCUGAAUUGGAUAGUUCAAAAAAAAAAAUUCCUCAGGAUGAUGAAUUUGAUUAUCCAGAUACCAAAACAAAUGAAAUUAUAAAUGACCCUAAUAAUAGUUAUAAUAAAGGGAAAGACAAAAAUGUGUGUCCUGCAAAAGAUACAAAUGAAUAUUUUAAUAAUACAGAUGAAAAUGUACUUCAUAAUGGAAAAAAUGGUAUAAAUUCAAAUUUAAGAAAAAGAAAAAAUAAUAAUCUAAAUGAUAGCUCAACAACAUUUAAUCAUAUCUUAAAUAAUAGUAUUAGUGAAUUUAUAAAUUCAGAUGAUGAAGUGGCUCCACUUAUAUCUGAUCCUAUUCAAAACAAUGCAACUAAUACUGAACCAAAAGAAGAACAAAAUACAACAGAAACAAAACAAAAUGAUAAAGAAAAUAAUACAAACAGUAAUACUAGAAGAAAACCAACCAAAUUAGAAAAAUAUAUUUAUCAGUCAGUUGUCAUGUUUUUUAUGACUCUUUUACCGUGGUGGGUACCAGACGUUGCCUAUUUGGAGGAGUAA